UAUAAUAUUCCGUCGCACUCGCACCAGCUAAAUUUAAUUUGUGCUUGAUGGCUAUGGCGGACCCAUAGUUCGUGAAACCCACCAUCCUUCCCACUCCCAUUUCCGGUGCUUUUACUCGAUAAAGUUGUUGGGUUCGGUUUAUCGUACUUUUUGUUUCUUUUUUUGAAUCUAAGAAUCUCGUGAAAGCGGAAACAAAUCGGAGAUUCAAAAUGCUUGACGGCAUCCUUGGCCGUGGAUUCACCGUCAAAUGCAAGUCGCUGAUCAAAACGACUCGGGCGAGGAUGGAGGUGGUGCGGAAGAGGGCGGAGGCGAAGCAGAGGUUCCUGAAAGAGGAUCUGGGCAAGCUUCUCAGUAAUGGGCUCGAUAUUAACGCCUAUGGAAGGACUGACGAGUAUAUUGCUGGAAUGAAUAUCUUGUCUUGCUACGAUUAUCUUGACCAAUCGUGCGAGUAUAUCUUGAAGCAGCUUUCAACAAUGCAGAAACUAGAGGAAUGCCCUGAAGAAUGCAAGGAGGUUAUUGCAUCGCUAAUGUAUGCUGCUGCAAGGUUUUCUGAUUUGCCUGAACUGCGUGACCUCCGAGAUACAUUUCAAGAGAGAUAUGGAAGUGGCUUAGAAACCUUUGUUAAUCAAAAGUUUGUUGAGAAAGUAUCAUCAAGACCUGCUACUUCCGAAAAGAAAGUCCGGGUGUUGCAAAAUAUAGCUUCAGAGUUCUCGAUAAACUGGGACUCCAAGGGCUUUGAAAAGAGGAUCGUUGGUCCGGCAGUUGUUGCACAGGCUGAAGUCCAUAAAGCCGAUAUGGCGAAACAAAAACAAGGCCUUGUUGAGAAAAGCAAAGCGCGCAGCUAUGGAGAGGGUAAUGCAAGGAGAAGAGAUGACGGAGAUCACCACAUGGCUGGAAGGAGAGAUGCAAAUGGGGACAGAGAAAACUCAUUGUUGAAGAGAGGAGGAAAUAGUUCACAAAGUGAAAAUGAAGCUCCAUAUCAUGGAAGGCAAUAUAAGCAUUCGUAUCCUGUUGAAAACGGUGAUAGAGAAAUGAAGGCAGAAAUAUCAAGCCAUUCCUCACAUGGGAAAAUGCAGGAUAAUGGUCAUGGUGCAGAUACAAGACUCAGUAAUGGAGUCCGUAAUCCCAAGAAAUGGGAAGACAAGGAUGAAUUAUUCUAUGGAAGAGCAGGAUUUGCUUCAAGUUUUGGGGAACACCAGGGAAAAUCUGAAAAUGAGGCCCCAUAUGACGAACCUUUCGGCCAUGACAACAGAAGAAGCUCGUCUAAAAACAAUCAUGAGAAUGGAUCAACCAGAUCAAAAACACUUUCUGAUUGUCCCCUCCCUCCACCAUAUGUUAAACAGAAAGACAAAGCUGCCCGUCCUCCUUACAGCAAACCAAAGGAAGAUGAACAAGGAAACAGUAAAGCUUCUGGAUAUGGUGAUUUGGAUUCAAAUGGCCACUUGUUUGACCCUGCCUCUAGCGGUGGAAGUCGUAAGGUUAGCAGCUCGGACAGGUCAAAUAAUGAAAUAAGUCAUUAUGGCCAUGACCAACGGAUUGCUAAAUUACAGGGUUAUCGUCAUGAAGAUCUCGACUAUCAAGAAGAACAAAUUCCCUUGCCUAAACCAAGAUCACUUCGAAGAAAAAACCAUAAAUCAUCAUCAAGCUAUGAUACAGAGGACACUCCUGAAGAUCUCAGUGCUGCGAAUACAAGCUCGGGUAAGAGAAGGGACCAUUCCAGAAAGGGCCUGCAGGGACUGUUCAACGAGGACCACCACCGAAAAGAUGAUGAAGAGAGGAUGAUAGACAAGCUGCUCCUUCAUUACAGCAAAAAACCAUCAAGCUAUGAACCAGGGAAGUCGAGGAAAAAGGUCCCAGAUCAGCAACCUCCAUUUACCAAGAUUCCCGAUGAAGCCAGUGGGCCAUCCAUGGAUCGAAGCAGAGACACCCGUAAUAAGAAACACGAGGCAGCAACAGCACCCACAAGAUCGGUUUCUCUUCCACCCGAGCAAACUGCUGCUGCUGCUUCGCCGGAGCCUAAAAAGGUCUAUAACCGUGCCAACAGCUUUCAGGGAGAAAACCAGGCGCCCCAUGUGCAUCCCAAGCUACCCGACUACGACGAUCUAGCUGCCAGGUUUGCUGCCCUGAGGGGUAGAUAGAGAAAUCACUAAAAUGAAGGUUGCCUCCUUACCUUGUCUUGUCUCCGGUGGCUAAUUGUUUGUUCCUAUUCUCCCUAGUCUUCUUUCUUGGUAUGUUUGAACUUGACAUACAUCAUACAUAAGCCACUGACUAAUUGUUGUGCGUGUGAAGAUUUGCAUUUGAGUGCCAACUGCCAACCCCAUUGUUUGCUA